UUAAGCGAAGAAUGGCAGGUGGAGUUGAUUUCUGUUUAAAAAAAAGCACUAUGCUUAACACUUUGGCUGCCGGCGUCUGCAAUUGAAACUACUCAGCAUAGACUCGACUCUACCUCUUGGAAUUCAUGAAAAAAUACUUAAAAAUGUUUUUUUUAACAAUUUGAUAGACAGUCUUUAUUUGAUCUAAUGUCACGCUCUAAUUUAUACAGAAUGAUAAAGAAAAAUGCAGUGUAGCUGAAUUAAUAAUUUUUCUAUAUCAUAUCUACGAUCAAUCAAUAUAUUUUCACAGGACAUUUCACUUUUGUGCAAGCAACUAUAUUCUUUCUUUAUCAAUAAAUUCAUCUCUUGUCUUGCAUAUUCUUUGAUAAGGUUAUCGAAACCACAUAACAAGUAGUGGGAGUAAGUAGGACAAUCUUUUCCCUCAAGACUUUGCAGUCAGGUGAAAUCGUUCACUGCGAACAGACAAUCUUUCUUACACGUGCUAUGGUGGUCUCUUUUGCUCGAUAAGACAGAUAAGAAGUAAUGGCGUCCAAAUUUCAUAACUAGGGAUUGAUAUACUGGAUUUUUAAAAUAAAUCACGAUGGAUACUAACACGUGUACUUACGACGAACUACGAUACGAUCGAGCAUGCGUCGGAUUGCGAAGUAAUUUUGAAACUGCUGAAACUUUUUUGUAUUCGCUAUCAUCAGAUUGUGAAAGUUGUCCCUACGGUAGAAUAGCUUCAAUAUCAAAAUCGAAUAAUCAAAGUGUAAGAUUUGACACGACUUACAAAUCGUUUUGGAGAGUAAUAGAAACUGAUGGCGAAAGUGAAUAUAUAUCCGCGUCAGAUAAAAGUGGUAUCGUAUGCGAAUUGUCACCAAACGUAGGUCAAUUUGGAUUAUACGAAUUAACUGUGAAUAACGGCAGUUGCGAUUUCACGACGAUUCAAGAGCCUUCUAAUCUUUAUACAUCUCUUGUUGUCGUGCUGGGAGCUUUGCUAUGUAUCAGUUUUGGAUCGUCUUUGUUAAGAACCGGAGUGGUCGCACUGGUAAAAAGAUUUCGAAGAGACAACACAGAACCGCCACCAGACAAGACUUCGACAAAGCGUCGAAUUAAUUCAAUUGACACAUUCCGAGGAAUCAGCAUACUGUUUAUGAUAUUUGUAAACGACGGAGCCGGCGGAUACGCAAUUCUGGAACACGUAACCUGGAACGGAUUAUUCGUAGGGGAUUUUGUGUUUCCAUGUUUCGUUUGGGUUAUGGGAGUCUGCAUACCUAUAUCACUUUCGUCUCAAUUGUCUCACGGUGUAUCACGACUUUCCCUUUGCUGUGCGAUUCUCAAGCGAAGCGUACUUCUCUUUCUGAUUGGACUAUCGCUGAAUACAUUGGGAACUGAUGCCCAACUUGAGAAUAUUCGAAUUCUUGGAGUUCUGCAAAGAUUCAGUAUUGUUUACUUGGUUGUUGCUUUGACAUUUGCACUGCUGAAUCGACGAAAGCCAUUGGAGCUCGAGAAUCUUUUCUUACGCCGAAUCAGUGAAAUUCUAGCGUUGCUACCGCAGUGGCUGAUCAUUCUUGCCAUUCUUGCUGCUCAUUGUGUUAUAACGUUUCAUUUGCCAGUUCCAAAUUGUCCUACUGGCUAUCUUGGACCUGGUGGACGACAUGAGGAUGGAAAAUAUUUUAAUUGCACUGGUGGCGCCACGGGGUACAUUGAUAAGAUUGUAUUAGGAAUUGAUCACAUUUAUCAAUGGCCGACGUCGAGUACCGUUUAUGGAUCAGGACCUUUUGAUCCUGAGGGUAUACUAGGAUGCCUCACCACGAUCUUUCAAGCUUUCUUGGGCGUCCAGGCUGGCAUGAUUUUAAGGUAUUAUAAAAACUGGAAGGACCGGGUUGCCAGGUGGCUUCUGUGGGCAGCGAUAUGCGGUACCUUGGGCGCCAUUCUCCACUUUAACGACUUCAUACCAGCAAAUAAAAAUUUGUGGUCAUUAUCCUUCGUACUUCUGACCACGUGUUUUGCUUUUCUUCUACUUACCGGAUGCUACGUUCUUAUUGACGUCACUGAAGUCUGGCGCGGUGGUCCUUUUCGAAUUCCAGGUAUGAACGCUUUGGCAAUGUACUUUGGUCAUCAGCUGUGCUAUCAGAUUUUCCCGUUUCAUUGGAGAUAUGGCUUAAUGAAUACUCAUUUCUCGCUACUUAUCGAAGCUGUUUGGGGAGCUGCCUUGUGGACCCUUGUUGCAUAUAUUUUGCAUCACAAAAGAAUAUAUAUCACACUAUAACAUAUAACACUGACUGAUUUACUUUGUAAUAGUAUUAAUCAACUUAUUGGAAGCAUUGCUCAAACUUUAUCGAUAUCAGUACAAGUUCUCUUCAUUAUUAAAUUGCGUUAUGAAUUAAUUAACCUGCUAAAGAAACAAAUAAAAUAAAUGAUUAUAUCGAUUAAAUGUCAAUGGAAGAUA